AAGCAAGAAGACUUUUCUGAACACCCAUUCAAUCAUCCAGGCCAAAAAGACACAAGACAGCAAACCAUGACAAUAAGAUGGCAUCGAAUAAUAGUGUUUGUCCUGUCCGUCCUGUUGGGCUCUUCCACUUGCAUGGCCGCAAAGGCCAAGAGUCACUACUUGUACAAGAAUGCCGGUGGUGGUGACAACCCUUCAGUGAUUGACUUGUACAUUGAUCCCAAUGAUGAGGAAGCCAUGGAACCGGAUUUCCUGUAUCAAGAGAAAUUUCCCCAUCAUCGAGUAGUGGAAUUCUACUCGCCGCUGUGUCCUCAUUGCGUCAAGUUUGCUCCCAAUUACAUUGAAUUUGCACGCAAAAAUCGAAUGACCGCUGGAGUCCAGGUCGAUUUCUAUGCCGUCAGUUGCACGGCCCACAAGGACAUUUGCCGAGAUCAGGGAAUCAAAGGAUAUCCAAGUCUCAAGAUAUUCCCAAAGGGCACCUCUCGAACCGGCAUCAAGAUGAAUCCCUAUCAAUUGAAUGUUGUGAAUCUACACAAGGCGCUGGGAGUGACAGCCGUUGAUCAGGCCAGUCCGACGACUUCGGAUACAUCCACAACCAAAACAGAACCACAGGAAAAACAAUCCACACAGGCAACCGAUAAAGAACCCGUCAAACAAGAAUCUGUCAGCAGCAGUGAGACUCUCAUCACUGUCAGCAGUAGUAACAACCAAAAGCCUCCGUUUUUGCCGCGACAACCCACAGAAUUAUUCACCGAUGCCUACAUGUCCUUUCACACGGCCAUGAAAACGGCAGUAUUCAUGGAAGCCGGGGGUAAAAUAUCCCCCAACAAGAAAAAAGUCUUGGGCCGAUGGAUCAAACUCAUGCAUCAAGUACUGCCUCCUUGGAGGAUCCAUAACCUCCUCGAAGGACUCUUGGGCCAAUCCCGUCAAAAGUUUUCCGAACAAGCGUUUAUGCAAGUGUUGGACCAGUAUCCACCACCCGAAAACGCCGAAUACAGCAUUGCCUGUCAACUCCACGAAUCACCCUACACGUGUGGUCUCUGGACUCUGUUUCACAUCAUGACAGUCGGGGUUGUCGAGUUCAAUACGGCCGCCGCCGAUCCAACGGGACGCUUUGACGUACAAGAUGUCUCCCAGUUGCUACGGGAUUUCGUCCAACAUUUUUUGUUGUGCGAUGAAUGCACACAACACUUUACCCAAGAAUACGAUGCCUGCUCCUACGACCGAUGUACUCGUUUGAAAAAGAACUCUGGCGAACAAGCUGAACAACAACAACUGGACGAUUGGAAAGAACUGGCAUUGUGGUUGUUGGAAACGCACAAUGGCGUCAAUUUACGACUGGCAUUGGAACGGAUCACCGCACCGUUGUUCACGUCGGCGGCACAACAAAGUGUCAUGUGGCCACAGGUGACGGAUUGCCCUACUUGUUGGUUGGAAGCAGGGGGGUCCGAAACGGCCAAAAUGUACAACAAAACCAUGAUGUGGGACUACAUUCGAUUGACGUACUGGACUGAGGAUUACAUUGCUGUAGCGACUCGAGAGGAAUUGAGUCGGCUAGGAGUGAAACCGCAGACUCUGCAAGAGGUCGUUGCAGCAUCAGCAUCAUCAACAUCGUCGGCGGCAACCGACGAUGACACGAGCGAAUCAGAAUCAGACUUUCCCGAUAGCGCAUCCGUAAUGGACAACGUUUCGGUACUUUCCAAAGAGGUACGGUACUCUGCCAUGGUGGUCACUGCAUUGGUGGUCUUGGUAUGGAAUAAGAGAAGAGUGCGAUGGCUGUUGACACAGAGAGAUUCUCGGUGGACGCUAUAGACUAGAUUGUAAAUAAUGAAUAAUGUGCAGACGCAGAAGUCGGCUAGCGAGAUCCGAAAUCUUUACAAUUGCUUCAUUGCAAGUUGUGCGAGCCUUUUGGACAGGAAUACCGGUAACACUGAUGGAGAGGCACAAGCACUGAGGGAAGUAACUCCUAAAAAGUACGCCCGUACUUUAGCUAGCUAGUCAUGGGAAGCUAGCUAGUCAUGGGAGGCUGCAAACGUCCUUAGCCAUCUCUGUUCUGAUGCUUCUAGUUUCCCGUACUUCUGAUCCUUUGCCAACCAAGAUGUAUGAUGGUCAACAUAAUGAUCAAACAUUUCCUUUUGACUGUUGUCCGAACAUGUUUGUAACUUGGUUCCAGGCAGCAGACAAGACUGCAAUGAG